UUUUUUGUGUUCAUUUAAUUGAGUUCCUCUCAAGUUACCAUAUAAGGAUUCAGGUGUAGAAAAAGAGAAAGAAGAAAACUUUAAUCAUCUUAUGGAUUCAAGUGUAGAAAGAACGAGAGAUCCUUGCUGCUUGAUGAAAACCCAUUUCCUGAAACCUUACGUAACCUCCAUUGACGGUCCUGUGGCCGAGCUUCCUCGUCGUCGUCGUGUCUCUGUUUCUUCAUCAGACGUAAAGGUUCCGACUUUGAGGAGUUUCGGCAAUGGGGCUGGGUCUAUAGAUCGUAAUUUCAUAUCCUGGAUGCGAAAGAUGGAAGCUUUGCACGAACCCACUUGGAGAAAAGCUGGGAUCUUUGAAGCUAUCAAGGCAUCUACAUUCAAAAUCAGUAAAAACCCAUCUUUGAUUCAAGCCCUAGUUGAUAAAUGGUGUCCUGAGACCAAAUCAUUCGUCUUCCCUUGGGGUGAAGCAACGAUAACGCUAGAGGAUGUGAUGGUUCUUCUAGGGUUUUCUGUUUUGGGUUCUUCUGUUUUCGCCUCUGUGGAAAGCUCAGAGAUGAGAGAUGCCGUGAAGAAGCUGGAGAAAGCAAGAACAAAGAUUAUGGGGGGCAAAGGUGGGCAAGUGAGACAGUCACAAUGGACUUUGCGUUUCGGAGACAGAGAUGAUCCGUUGGAGCAUGAAGCUUUUCUUGCCAUGUGGCUUUCUCAUUUGGUGUUUCCACAUAUGUCUCGCCGCUCUAUUUCAAGACAUGUGUUCCCAGUUGCUGUCCGUUUAGCUAGAGGGGAAAGGGUUGCUCUUGCUCCUGCUGUUCUCGCUAGCGUGUACAGAGAUUUAGGUGCCAUUACAGGAGAUGAGUCUUAUCAUCCCAAGUCUCUGUUGAAGUUAGUUCAAGUGUGGACUUGGGAGAGGUUCAAGAACGUGAGACCAAAAGCUAAGGAGAUACCUAAAGGGGAGCCGAGAAUCUCUCGGUGGGACGGUUUGCAGAAGAAGUAUGAGAAUGUGAGAUUGAGUCUUGAUGAUUUCGAGUGGCGUCCAUAUACUAAACCAUUACAGAAUUGGAACCCUCUUAGGUUUUACGUUGAGGAAGCUAUGUGGGUGAAUGUUGAUAACAGUCUUGAUGAUGAGUUUGUUGCGUUUGCUAGAUGUGUGAGGAGUUCUCAGCUUGUUGGGAUUGGUUUUGUAGAGGAUUAUUAUCCGAAUCGAGUGGCGAUACAGUUCGGGUUUAGUCAAGAUCUUCCUGGUUUGGUUACUCGUCAUAGCAGUGACUACACAGAGAAGGAAGCAUGGGAUGAUUACAAUAAGUCUCUUGUUGGUUUGAAGCUGUACAUGCCUUCUCGUCUUGCUGCAGGUUCUGUUACUAUGAGAUACCGAGACUGGUGGGUGAAAUCAGUUUCACAGUUUCUUGGUUUUGAGGAGUCAAAUGAAACUUGUGGUGCAAGCAAUGCUGGUGAUGAUGGUGCUUUUCCUGAGGCACAGCCACUAAGUGAAGUUCUUCAGAAGUUGGGAGAAGGGUUUCCUGCAAAACUCAAGCGACCUAGGAAACUUAGAAUAGCGAGACGUAUGGGAUCAGUAUCAGUAGAAAUGCCACUUAGUGAGUUGUUUCACAAGGAGUUAGCGAAGAGGACAAGUGAGCAUUUGAGAGGCAAGCGAGCUCGUGAGGAUGAUGAUGAUGAUGAGAAUCAUACGGAUUCUUAUGAUGAUAUUACCAUUUCUCAGCUGGUCAAAUGUAGAAAGAAAGAUGUAGGAGACACUUCGGAAUCACUUGGAAUCAGGAGGAGAGAUAAGGAGUAUAAAAAGGACUCAAGGAUUUGUCAAGAGCUUGCUUCUAAAGAUAAUGAAACUGUAGCACCACAAGUUAUAGAGCCACAGAAUGAUGAAGAAGAAACUAGAAGUGAAGCAGUGGAGACUGUGGUUAUGAUCCCAUGUAUUGGUGACACUGUUCUGUCACCAAUGAAGGCAGGAGAAACCUGUGUUGAUGUAAAUAGAAGUGAAGCAGUGGAGACUGUGGUCGAUGCUGGAACCAAGGAAGCAGAGUGUGUGCUUCAUGAUGAAAGACUGAAACAUAGAAAGCUUACAACGGAGGAACUAGCAUUGAACCUAGAGGCACGUUUUAUGAAGGUGAAGAAUACUUUGGCAACAAUUAGAAAUUGGAUAACCAAAAGAAACCAUAUCCAAACUGGACUUUCUGCUUAAGUUAAUCAUGUCAAAAACCUUAAGAUCAGAAAGAAUAAAACAAUGUCACAUAUCACUCUUUUGCAUAAUCUUAUGAACUUUAACUUA